AUGCCCGACGCCGAGGAGAAGUCCGACGCGCGCGACGGCCGCCUCUCGGGCCCGAAGAGCUUCCCGAACCGCCAGGCCGAGUUCGAGCGGAAGCAGCACAGCAAACGGGCGCUGGAGCUCUGCGCCGACCGGGUCGAGGCGUAUGCCGAGUGCGCCACCGGCCGGACCAUCACGCUGCCCUUCUACUGCCGCGGCGUCUUCAACGAGCUCAACGAGUGCCUCAAGCAGCACAAGCCGGCCGAGCAGAACUGA